GGGCUAGUAGUUGAGCCGCAGUGCGGGCGGGAGGUGCACGUGGCCUGAUGAGGCGCGGGUCAGCUGGAAUGGUAACCCUGUGUUCGGUAAAAGAAGACUUAUACUGUGCUGCGACGAGCGGAGCGAAGCUGCUGCGGUCUCACAGACAGGUUUGUUACAGUUGUGGCUGCUGAAUCGUCCCGGAGUACUGCAUCGUUGCUUGAAGGGGACUGUAAAGCUGAAAUAGCAAACCAGCUGCUGUGGGUACAACAGAAAAAGCGACUCUCGGCUCUAAGCUGGUGGUGUUACUGUCAAGAUGGAUCGAAUCAUCGGCAUGCUGUGGCUCGUGCUGCUCCCCACAGUCACAGCAAGCCUCAUGGUAACUGAGGAUUCUGUGAGCAGCGGUAAAUGGUUCAAUGUCACCAUAAGAGAUGACAUUACACCCGGCAACAAAACUAUGGACGGCAAUACCAGUGUCAACGAAAUGAUGGUCUUCGCGUCACGCUUCAACUACUCUCUAAACCUUCAAGCCAUCAAGGUGAUGAUCCGCGGUAACAUUGGGAAGCCGUCGCCGUCUGCCGAGGACCCACUGGUGGUCAGUGUACGAAACUGGGCAGGCGGACAUACCAUCUCGGUGCCGUACCUCACGUACGACAGACAUGGUCAGAUGCUGGCCAUCCAGGAUCACGCCACGCGCUACCUCUGCCCCGCCGAGCCCGGCCAGCCAGAGCAUGCCAUUGUGAGCGUCGGCACCGGGCACCUCCCCGCCAGCCAGUCGUUCCACUUCCAGGUAACGUUCCAGCGCAUCGGCCACUGGAGCCUGACACUGGACGCGCCGGAGAAACUGCUGAUUGAGCCACCGGACCCGGGCCUGUUCGCCUUCCGCUGGCCGGCGAAGGGCCCGCCCCAGCUGCUGCUGAAAGUCGACACCGUGCAGAUGCCCCAGGUGUGCACCACAGUGGCGCUGCAGCCGCGCGUCUGUCCGCUGGCCCAGACGGAGGCCGAGCUGGUGACCGCGUCCACGUUCUUCACUAUGUCCUCCGCAGGCGAGCUGGUCGUCGACCGGAAGCAAUUCCCCGACGGAUUCUAUCUGCUGCUGCUGCCGCACGUCAACGACGUGCUCUGCGACCCGCAUGCGCCACCGCUGACCAACAUCACGCGCAAGAAGACGGUGAUGGUGACACUGACGGAGCACCAGCUGCCGGUGAGCCUGCUGGCGGCACCGAUCGUGCUGGCCGUGCUUCUGCUAGUUGCCGGCGCAGCCAGUGCGUGCCUGCUGAGGCGUGACCUGACGGCGCCGCGCCUCGACCUGGAGCCGGACGCGGAAACGGAGCGACCACGAGGCGGCUCGCUGACGCUCUCCGAGGACCUGCUGCUGGACGGUCAGAUGGAGGAGGAGCCGACCCUGCAGGUGCAGGAGGCGCUGCCGGCCCGCUCGCCAGUCAGUCUGCUGAUGGCGGCCGGCCUGCUACUGCUGGCGCUCGGCGGCGAGGCCGCGCUGACUGCGUUCCGCCUGCUACGUCGCUCCGGAGACCUGGACGUGUGUUACAGAAACGAGCUGUGCAGUCUCACCAGCGCUGGAGUGCCGGGACUGAACCACGUCGUGGCCCGGCUGCCGUACAUAGGCGCCGGGCUGGGGCUGCUGAUAUGCCUGCGCGUCCAGAGAACCAUCUACCGCAGAGUCACCAUCGACGGCACUAUCAAGAUCGGGGCGCCACACGAGUGGAGUCUGCUGGAGGCGGCCGCGCUGGCCCUGGUCGCGCAGGGACUGCUCAGCGCUCUCCAGAGCACCUGUCCCGGGCCGACCAACGCGCCUCUGGACGCGGCGUUCAUCUAUUUUGCCCUGACCGCGAUGGCGUGCAAGCUGUUCCAGACACGUCGCGGCGUCUGGGCGGCGGGCCACUACGCGCCGCUGCUGCUCACAGGAGCCCUGGUGCUCGCCGAGCUGGUGGAACAGCGUGCCGGUCACGAAUGGUACGUCUGGGUAGUGCUGGGUUUGCUGCACAUGCUGGCCACGGUGGUGAUUGGUGUCCAGCUGUACGUGCUCGGCGAGAUUUCCGCCGAUCCGGGGGCUCUGCGCCGCGUCUGGGACAAGUCUCACCUACCGCGCGAGUCGCCCAACUUCCAGAUCAACCGCGCCGCCUUCGCGCUCGUCAUGCUGGUCAACCUUUCACUGGUCAUCGGAGCGGGGGUCUCAAAGAUGGCCGAGUUGAGCCACUACGCCAUGCUCUUCUUCGCCAUCCACGCGGUGCUGUUCGCGCUCUACUACCUGCUGCUGAAGCUGGUGAAGAGCGAGGAGAGCGCCGGACGCGUGUCGCUCCUGCUGCUGGCCAUGGGACUGCUGCUGCUGGUGAGCGGAGUGGCCACGCUGGUCGGCUGGAGCACGAUGAGCACGGGCAGCACGCCGGCCGUCUCCCGGCUGAUGAGCCGGCCCUGUCUGCCUCACAGCCUGUUCGACACACACGACCUGUGGCACCUGCUGACGGCGCCGGCGCUGCUCUGUCUCGCCCUAGCCCUGAUCCUGCUGGAUGAUAACCUACUGCUCACGCCGCGGCUGGAGAUCACCCGCUUCUAGACGGCUCUCGGAGGGAAGCGGAUUGUUCGUAACUUUGGGUGGGUUUCCCUGUUCAGGCCAGUGGCCCCGACGUCCGUCAGGCCGCUUAUAUGUGUGCUGUACCAGCCUGAUGUGAGGUAAGAGCUACCUGAAUCGUCUGUAUAGAUAAGCUUACGAUUUCUGCUUGUAUGGAAAAUGUUCUAUAAACAUUUCUUUAGAAGAUCAAAUGGUCGGGAAUGACUUCAAAAAUCAUACAACCUGACAAUAUUUGCUGUUUCACCGGUGGAAGUGAAAAACGUCAUCACAUAAUGAUAGCGUCGCGUACCUACGAUUGUCAACUUGCCCAAUUUAUUUUGCGGGUAAUCGUGGACUUUUCUUAAUGACAAGUCCUCUGUUAUUUAGGUAUGUUUACCAUUUGAAAAGGCCUUGAAUAUUCAGUUCAUAUGUAUCAUUAUUUGUGCAAUCAGUUAAUCUGAUUUUAGCAGAGCUAUCGCCGACAAUCGUGGUCUCAUGGCCCCUGAAAACAUCGGGGGCAUGAUGACAUCAUUAUCAUGACGUGAUGUGAUAUGUUCAAGGAGAUAGUGUGAAGUACCGAUAACAUGUGGAAACAAGUGUGUGCGUUAGAUGUUGCUAACUCGGUAAAGCUAAAACGCCACGCUCGUAAAUGAAAAAUGUCAUUUUGUUGGACAAAAUGUGUCCUACGUGACCACGUGACAUGUUCCAUGUAUCUGCCAGUUUGCGUGCCUAAAUGAUAUGGAAUAUCAGGUGGUCGUAGUCAGACCUUUAUGUUGAUGUGCUAUGCAUCGUGCUUUCGUGCUCUAAUACAUCAACAAAUGAA